AUGGAAAAGCUCCCUAUCGAACUAAUAGCUGAAAUCUUCAAACUCCUGUCCCCCUUCCACGUCCUACAGACCUUCCGUCUCGUGUGCCGCCGUUUUUCGGAUGCCUCAGACAUUGUAUACCCCUAUGGACGUCUCUAUGGCCUUCCUAUCAGUAUCUGGACGAAAAUAAUCACAUCGAGUGACUACUUCCCCAUCCUUAGACUAUCGACGACUUGCACGUCCUUCUACCAACUCAUCCUGACCUCCGAAACCCCCGAAAUCCUUCGUCUCACGUUCCACGAGAAACUGCCAAGGAUCACCACCCCUGUAGAGCAAGGAUCCACCCAAAGCGAAGAUCUCACACAAACAACACAGCCGUCAAAGAAAUCCCCAUUUUGGCAACCCCACCCGCACCUCCAUGGCUUAAGAUAUUCAAUUGCGGGGGAAUAUUUUCAUACACCUAGAGUAGGCACACGUACUAUACGGUAUUGGGAGCACGAAGACGACGAGCUAUAUACCCCAGAUGCGAAUGCUACUUCCCCCCCUGCAAGAAGUAUCACGUUUACCACGGCGGCUCGAUUCAGGCAUCGGCGGACGAAUGAGGUUUCGCGAUACUACCCCAUGCGACCGGUAAGGAUAUCAGCUUUGGACGACGGUAGUGGUAGAGGUGUAUCUAUCGAGGAUGUUUUCAAAGCGGUGAGGUUGAUGUUCUUGCUGCCGAUGUGUCCGAACGAAGUUCUUGCUGCUCAUCUCGAAAGCUGGAACGAAAGGAAAGGGAAAGUGGAUGGUGAAACGGGGCCAUGGGCGACGUGGUUGAAACAAUCCAAUGGAUUGCUAAGUGAAGAGGUUGAAAAUGACCCAGAGGUUUUGGACUUUGAUCGUGAGACUCCGGAGUUGGAAGCGGCUUGGAGAGGUCUGGAGCCUGAGCCUUGGAAGCCGAUACUGAUACAACCGGAUAGGCGGCUCUGUUUACUUAACUUUGAAAUGAAGUUUCUCACCGACCAUAUUAUGAUGCGCCCUGCGGAAUAG